AUGAGGAAGUUAGUUUGUAUUUUGUUGAUAUCGCUCAGCUUGGCUAGUCAGAUUUAAGGGCCUCUCUCUAAUCCAAUAGUCAAUGAAUUAGAGAGAACUCAUCUAGGAAAAGCUUUUCUGAAAUUACUCACCUUAAAGUCUAAGGCUUAACAAUUCGACUUUUCUAAACUCUAUGCAGCUAUAGAUGAUUUAGAGAAUUCAAUAAAAUAGAGAAUUGUGGAUGAAGAUAAAGAAUAUUAAUAGAAUGAAGUUUAAUAUUUCACAGAUAAAGAGUUUUUCUCUGGAUAAAUUACUUAGUAUUAAAACGAAAUAGCCUCCUUAGAAAUAGAUCUAACAGACUUCACUGAAAGUAGGAAUUUGUUAUAAAUUGGAUUAAAUGGAAAAGUAGAUGAGUUGAAGGAAGUCUAAUCAUUGGCUGAUGGUUUGUAAUAGAGAAUCACCAAGGAAGAAGCUAUAUUCAAAGAUCAAUAAAAUCAAUAUACAAAUGCAGUUUAGGCACUUGAUUAAGCUUUGUAAUUGAUUGGCUAAUUAAGAGAUGGUUCUUUCAUUUAAAAUAGAAAUGUUGUUUUCUUGGAGGAAGGCUUAAAACAAUUGCAACAUUAAAGAAUCAUGUAUGCACCAUUGAUCACUGCUUUCACUCAAAUAAUGGCUCCAAGUUUCAACGAUUAAGAAGCAAGUGCAAAAGUGUAGAGAUUGAUCCAAAACUUAAGAGAUACAAUUGUUAAGAAUAAAACUGAUUUAGAAAAUUCCUAUUAGUAAAUAAGAACAAUUGAUGAUCACAACCUAAGUUAAUAUAAUUAAAGAAUUACAAAUUUAUCGACAAUCGUCAUACCAACCAUUCAAGCUGAAAUCCAAACAAGAGAUGGUAAUUCAUGUAUCCUAAUUGUAGGCUAAAUUCAAACCAAAUCAAAUUUGUUAAGAGAUGCUCAAUCCAAUUUCAAAACCGCUACAGAUAACUUAGAUAAUACCAACAACAGAUGGAUUGAGAGAACUAAUGAACAUAACAAAUUGCUUGAUCAAUUAAUAACUUAGACAACCCUGUUUCCUAAAAUAGUCACUGAAUUAGAAGGGGCAGGAGUAAGAAGAAGAUGA